GAAAAGUUAAAAAAAUAUAGAUAAAUUUUUUUGCAUUUUUUUUUUUUUUUUUUGACAGUAAGAAUAAUUUCCUAAAACCUGUCUUAUUUAGGGAAAAAUCAGGUUUUCGAACAGUGCUGGAGCCAAUAAGGUUAAAUUGUUUAUGAGGCUAAAUAAUGGAUUUAAGACUGAUUUUUAAGGAUUUAAGAGGCUUAACAAAAAGGGUUUGGUGACUUUUAAAGGGUGUUUUAAAGGGUUUGUCAGUUGAAAUCAAGGAGGAUAGAAGAGUAAGAUAAGGGACCCUACUGACUCCGCUAUAUGGUUCCUAAACCACAGCAAAACUUCCUUAAAACACCUUAAAAGACCGUCUCACUAACUUAAAAACCUUAGCAAUUCCAAAACACUAGAAAAACACACCAAACACUUAAAAAUACACCUUUAUAAGUUCUCUUAAACCCUCCUAAAAGUUUAACACUCUAAAAAUACUAAAACUCAAAGUCAAAGUCCCUUGCAAACACUAAAAACCAAUAAAUAUCGCAAAAAACACACCUAAAAACAAAAUGAUCUGAAACACAUUCAAACACUCCCAGAACAGAAUGGACACACACUAUCCCAUUCAAAAUACACCCAAACACAGUUACCCAUUAUUAAAACUCAAAUACAUACACACUCAAAACACCAUUGUAUCCCCACAAUCACAAAAAAAAAAGCCAAAAAUACACAAGAGAUCAAAGAGAGAGAGAGAGAGAGAGAGAGAGAGAGAGAGAGAGAGAGAGAAUAUUGAUGGCAAAUGGAGAGAAAUAUACCUAUCUUUUAUCAUAUGGGCUGUGUUCCUUUGUUCCCAUCCCACCUCAUGGAAAUAUUGCUCUGACCUCAUCCCAUACUUUUUUUUUUCCCACCGUUGACACAAAGGCAAGGUCGAGUGAUCGAUUAUGGAUUCCACACAACAAAGCUGGCAUCGCAAUUCUUCACGUAUAACUUAUUUCAUGCCUAAUACAACAUUAAAUAUUUAAUGUAUACUUCAUUAAUAAAAUAACAGUACCAGAGAGCUACGUUUGUCCAUAAUAAAUAUAUUCUCAUCCUCUUCAUGAUCACCACCAGCCUCUCAGAACACACACACACACACACAAUGAUAAAAAGCGGUAAUCAGUGAGGCCAUGAAUGAAAUUAUAUGACUGGCGGAAUGAUGUGAGGGACUACAGAAGAAAACAAGAGAAAAAAAAAAAAACAUGCAGUUUCAUUCAUAUUAUCGGUCGGCCGCAACGAUCCUGUCCUUGGACUUUUGAAGCCAGGCCCAGCCUUCUCUAUAGGUCAGUGUGGCGGCAGACUCGGCGCGGGGUGGAAGUGAGGCUUCCUUCCCCAGUCAGCACCGCUUCUUUCACCUUUCAGAGCUAGAGGCCACCUGCACACUAAUGUUUUGCGUAUAUCCCGUGGCUGGCAAGGACGGAAUAUGGGGAGGAAAUUCGACAUCCGUGAGUACUUGCUGCAGCUUCAGUGGUCCAGAAAUGAGAAAAAGAAACGCAAGCCCCCGCGCCACUCCAAGACCCGCCACUGCCUCUACUCGCAGGACCCCGUGAAGGACGACCUGGUGUGGAAGUCUGUGGUGCGCGGAGAGGCGAUUGCGGCGGAGCGUCGGAAACGGGACUACGCCUCAGCACAGCAGCUCUAUCAACACCAGCAGGAGCAGCUGUCCGUCACGACCAGUCAGGAGGGAAGGGAGGAAGAAGGGGAGGACGAUGCACCCCAUGAACUCCCCCAGCAGGCCACUCACGACCCGCCCCUCCCAGCCACCUCCAACGGGUACAUCGGCUGGCGCUCCUCUGUACCACAUCUGCAGCUGGAGCGAUUCGGGAACUUCACUUGAGUCUUCUAAGCUGCAGCAGUCCUGAAUGGAAUAAUUGGGAUUAUCAGUAUUGAGCUCUGGCAUAACGAAAAAAAAAAAAAAAUAGUUUGAAAAUAUAUAUAACUAGAACA